AUGCCCAACUCGUCGACAGACUCACCGGAAGGACCUGAUGAAGGGGUGUCGGAUGUGGUUUCCAAAACAAUCUACGGUAUAUUGGGAACGGUGGGAAUAAUUGGGAAUGGUCUUGUACUCGUCGUAAUGAUAGGAGUUCGGGAACUUCGUACUAUCACCAACCUAUUUAUCGUCAACCAAUCUGUGAUUGACAUGACGACUUCGAUUCUCCUUCUAGCAUCCUACUUGGCCCCACGUCCAUCCCUCCCUUCACCGGAAUGGGCCGCAAUCUUUGUCUGCUCUGUAUGGAACUCCGGCUAUGUCUUCUGGGGAACCCUGAUCAGCUCCACAUUUAACCUUGUCAUGGUGACGAUAGAGAGGUACUUUGCGGUCGUGCAUCCCAUCAGGUACCGCAGGAUGUUCAGCUACCGCCGCGCUGCAGCUAUGGUCUCCAUCCCCUGGCUGUUGGGGUUCGGAUACGAGACCUACUGGGCCGCGGUCAAUAGGUACUCCGAUGGUCAAUGCAUAAUUCACUAUGACAGCUUUUUCGUGCAAGCAUUCUUAGGUGUCUUCUCGUGUACGAUCCAGUUCAUCAUCCCCCUCGCCAUCAUGGCUUUUGUUUAUAUCAACAUCGCAAAAGUACUCCGGCAGAGGGUGGAAGAUAUCGCUCCUUGUCCACCUGCCACAAGCAGCCCCAACAACCAUCAACAACCAACGCAGCAGCCAAACUACCGCCUCAAGGCUCGAAAGAAUGUCAUCAAGACUCUCCUGGUUGUCAGUAUAACCUACGUCAUAUGUCUGACGCCUAAUACCAUCACCUACCUCCAUUUCAAUCUAGGAGGGGAACUUGAUUUUGACGGACAGUUGUUUUACUUCACUGUGUACCUGGCUUUCUUGAACAUGUGUGUAAAUCCAUUCAUAUACACUUUCAAGUACCACAAGUUUCAGAAGGGUUUAAGGAAACUGUUUCGGAUCAAACGUGGCGGAAGUGUGGAUGACCCAAUCACGGCAACUGUUAUUUCUGGUGGCGUCUAG